ACUCUUUAUUUGCAGUAUUCAUUUCGUUCGUUUGGUAUUGUUGUUUGACGAAAAACUAAGAGUUUUUGAAAUUAAAUAAUUAUAAAUAUGGAAGCUGCCGUGGAAGAGACUGUAAAGGAUAGCAUUGAUAUUGAACAACUGGAAAAAAAUGGUGAAGAAAAGACUCCUACACCUUCCAUCCAAGACCCACCAAAGAAGUCAAAGAAGGAAGACCGCAACAAAAAGGAUGAUAAAAGUGUGGAACAGUUCAUGAAAUCACUCAACUCUGUGCCAAGUCUGGAGGAAAAACUGUCUCUGGUCUGCAAGAAAUAUGUGCAGACUGCUGAUGAUAAUAAAAAGCUGCAGUUUUAUAUUAAGCAGUCUGAUAAGCGGUAUGCUAUCUUGUUGAAAGAAAAAGAGCAAUUGCAACAUGAAUUCAACAAGACCAUCCUAGUCAAGUCCAAGUUGGAGAGCCUCUGUCGUGAGCUGCAGAAACAGAACAAGGCCAUCAAGGAAGAGUCCCUGCUCAAGAUUCGUGAAGAGGAGGAACGCCGGAAGGAGACUCAAGCCAAGUUCCAGAACACGCUUACCGAGAUCACCACUCUCCUGCAACAGAAUAAUGAGAAGAAUGCCAAGUUGAGAGACGAUAACAUCAGUAUGAGCGAGAAAUUCAAGAGUGUGGUUCAGCAGUACCAGUUGAGGGAACAGCAAGUUGAAAAAAUGGGGAAGCAAAUGGCGCUGGAGUCCCAGUUGUCAGACGCUAAACUUCAGAAAGCAGCUUUAGAGCAUCAGGCAGAGAAAGAAAGGCUUCUAGCAGAGAUGGAACACCUGAAGGUCACCGUGGCUCAGUGCACGGCCAAGAUCAUGGAGCUGCAGGGGACGGAGACUGCUUUGAGGGGUCAGCUUGGCGUGUACACGGACAAGUACGACGAGUUCCAGAACGCGCUGGUGAAAAGCAACCAGGUGUUUGGAGGGUUCAAGGAGCAGAUGGAAAAGAUGUCAAAGAAAAUCAAGAAGCUAGAGAAGGAAUCUCUCUCGUGGAAAAAGCGGUGGGAGACAUCUCAAACAGCACUGUUGGACAUGUGCGGGGAGCGGCAGGCGAGCGAGGAGCGAGCCGCGGCCGCCAGUCGCCAGCUGCAGCACAUGCAGAGCCUGUGCCGCACGCUGCAGGCCGAGCGCACGUCGCUGCUGGGCACGCUGAAGGAGCACAACAUCGAGCGGCCGCCGCUGCCCACGCCGCCGCCCGCGCCCGCGCCCGCGCCCGCGCCCGCCGCCGCGCCCAGCAAGCAGAGCAACGACAAGGUCGACAAAAUGGCGGCAAAUUGCGCCCAACUACGACAGAGCCUCGUGCACCUCCAGAGCCAGCUGAACACCCUCACCAACAACAAGAACGGUGUCAAGGACGACCCGCCCAAAGCAGACAAACCCAAGAAACAGAAAUCUAAAAAGAAAGCGGAAAAACAGUCACAGGAGGCAACAACUUCUAUAGAAGUCACCGAAGAACCAGUUAGAGAUGAUACUAAAGAAACAUCAGAAGAACCCACAGCUAAUGAAGAUUCAAUCCAAAACGACAUAGAUAGCUUAGAAGAAAAAAUAGACGAGAAAGCCAUGGAAACUCUAAUCCAAGCUAUAAGCAAUGCUAACAUAAAUCUACACGAUUUAUCAGUAGAUGAAAAUAAUGAGCAAGUGGAUAUUGAAAAGGUAAUAGAUGGAUCACACAAUGAAAUCGCCAACACAUCGAAUGAUGAGGUGUCACAUAUAACCGAAGUGAAACCUAUAUCGAGUGCGUAAUCCAAGCAACGUGUAGUAGUUUACGAACUUAAUUUGGGAGGAGUGGUCAGUGGUGUGUAAUUUUUAUUCUUUAAUCAGGUGCUGAUUCAUAAAUAGCUCUUUUGUGCCUAUUUUAAGUAUCUUACUGUGGGGUUUCAGAAAGAAUAAGACAACUGGCGAUCCAUAGCAUAUGACGAAUAUGCUUCUUUGUCUUAUCACACUUAGCCCGAUGUCCUAUACUUACUGCAACGAGUUUAAGAACUUAAGCACAUUUGCACAAUGCACAUUUACCAAAAUUGGCCUUAGUCACUAACAUUAUGCGUGCCUAUUAUUUCCUACAUAAAGAGAAAAUAGACAAACAUUAUUGUUUAGCGUAAAAGGUCUCUGAUCUGAUCUGACAAAAUCAAGGUACUAUUUUAUUAUAUGAUUGUUAUUGAUGUGACAAGGUUCGAUUUGAAUAUUAUCUUUAGCGUCUGAUAAAGCCAGAAAUCACGAAUCUAGCUAGUUCAUGGUUAUAAAUAUAAGUUACGUCGAAAUACUUCGACUCCGCAGCGUCGCAACAGAAACAACGUAAACCAAUGAAAGCUAACCCCCUUAUUCAUAAACAUCUACUAAAGUUACGAAGCCGCUAAUAAUCGUUUGUCCCUUUCCAUCAUACCAAUACGUCGGAAAGCGACAAACUAUUAUUAGCGGCUUCGUAACUUUAGUAGACGUUUAUGAAUAAGGGGGUUAGUGUUUAACUGUUUGAACGCUUUAUGUCUUAAACACAAACAUCACUCAAACGCCAAAAUUCCGGGCGCGAGGGAGCUAAUGUAAACCUUACUUGAAAGUGUGAAGGUUACUUUGACAGCGUCCGCCAUAACACCUAUAGUUGUCCUUGGCGUUGUGUGCACGACGUUUUAGGUGUUCUUGGUGUUCAAAAGGUUAAAAGUCAACAAGCAAAUUAUAAUAUGACAGUACUUAAAUUGACACGUGUUUAGUUAAAUCUGAAAAGGCAAGUCAACUGGUGUUUUAAUAUGUGUGUGCAUGAACACAUCGAAUUCUAAUACGAGAUCUUGAUAGAAAACAGUUUUGUACAGUACACAUCCUAAAGAAUUUGAUAGACCUAAAAUUGAAUGAAGGAUCUACCCUUAUAAUAGCAUAAAACCAUGCCAAUGAUUUUUGUAAAUGACAUGUUUUUCCGAUUUAGCUAGACCAUGCGUCGAAUAGUGUGCAAUAUGGUGCACAUCAUAGAUUUUUGUGUGAUUAGUUAGGUUAUUACUAUAUUAGUUAUCUACAACUCAAAGUAUUUGAUUCAAAAGUGCCUAUAACGUCUCUAGUCAGGAUAUCGGUAUUCUACUAUAGUGUACGGAAUACAUUAUACACUUUGACAAUUUUACAAACGAAGCUCAUAGAAGUGUCCAUUAGAAGACCUUGUACAGUCGAGUUCAUAAAUAUGUAAACAUUUUUUCACCUUAUUGCAAUGGACUAAGGUGAAGAAAUGUAUUACAUAUUUAUGAACUCGACUGUAUUAAGGUUUAAGAAGUGGCAUAACAUAUUCCUUAGAAGUCUUCCUAAGGGUUGUUCUAUCUGUGGGGUAAGUGUUUUUGUGUGCUAAAAAUAAUGUGGAAAUUUAAAAAAUCCCGUAUGGUUUGUGGCCAAAAGAUGCUUCGCUGUAUAAUUUAAAUUCACGUUGAUUCGUCACAUUUUCCCCUAUGAAAUUAUGCUUCCGUUUUUUACUACUAUUUGUACAAUAAAUUAGUGGGCAUUUGACGGUUUGUCAUAAGUAUUGUAGAUAAAUAAUCUAAAUCAGAUGCUGAAAGAAGUUUACAACCGAAUUGUCAUUGUCGAUUCGAGUAGUCACACUGCCUAGAAAACACGAUGCAUUUUCAGUGACAAGCACAUUUUAGUGCCAAAUGUUCGGAGAACUUCAGGGAUACAAUUAUUAAUAUUAAAUGUAUGAAAAAUAGAUACCUCUGUCUAGUCCAGGGAUCGACAAAUUUUUGAAAAGAUACGCCAACCGCAAAAAUAAUUACCAGUUUCAAGAAAUUCUAUUUUUUUUUUAAAGUGAAAGUCACUUGCGAGAUUGCCAACCCCUGAACUACAUAUUCUAAGUACCAAUGUAUAUUAUAUUUCGUGUGUAUCUAGGUAUCUACAUACAUCUCGGCCUAGAAUUUUAUGUACAUACUAAGUUUUACAACUGUACACCAUUGUAAAUUAUUGCAAUUUUAUACUCUGAAUAAAAUCAUUUAUCCAUGCUGCGGCACUUGUUUGUUGUUUACUGUUUUAUAUCACAUAGAUAAAGACAUCCGCUCUUAAAAAUAUGUAAGUCACAAAAAUGAAAGGAGCACAGAUAUGUAAACUAAUAGACUUGCAAAGAAAGAGUCAAAAACUUAAAAAUACCAGACAUAUUAUCUCUAUUCCGCCAGGCUUAGAAAAACUUAUACAGUUGUAUACUGUAUUCCACAUGCAAUAAGGUACACAUUUGAUCUAUUUUUCCAAGGUAAAAUAGAGUUGUUUUACGUGGUGAGGUGGAUAAGUAAGAUAUUGUGUCUAAUUCAUCUAAUUAUUUGUCUUUGCAUGGCUAUUAGUUCACUCGUCCUUGUGUUUACGGAAUUUAUAAUGCCAAGGUGUAUAAUAUAUUUGUAGGCAUAGCUUGUCAAUUGCACCAAAUCUUAUGAAUUUUACAGUCCAUCUGUCCAUAUGGGCUAAGUUUUUAUCUGUCAGGACGAUUUAUGAGUUUUUGUAAUAAAGUUAGAUUUUGUAAUCAUUAA